AUGUCUUCCGUCUCCGGCUCCAUGGCAGAGACCAGGAAGAAGCAGUCUAAGAGAGACGAGGCCAUCCGGAAGAAGAUUGAAUCUGAGCUUUCGCGCAAGCGAACCAUUUCGACAACGCAGCACACUCCUAGUCGCAGGCGUGGACACAAGCCGAAUGUUCAGAAGGGCACUGUUGCAGCGUUGAAACCUAGUCCGGCUCUCACGGUUCCCGAAAACAUCACUGUUGCGGAGGCUAGUCAACUGUGUGCCGCCAAACGAACCGACUGUGUCCUUGUGGUUGACGACGAUGAGGGCCUCAGUGGUAUCUUCACAGCCAAAGAUUUGGCAUACAGGGUCACUGCAGAUGGUCUGGACCCCCACACGACGCCAGUCAGUACCAUCAUGACACGUAGCCCGAUGGUGACUCGCGAUACGACGAGUGCUACCGAGGCCCUGCAGCUCAUGGUCCAGAGGCACUUUAGGCAUCUGCCUGUCUGCAACGAAGAGGGAAAUGUUGUUGGUCUGUUGGAUAUCACUAAGGUCUUCCACGAGGCCCUUGACAAGGUUGAGCGGAGUUCGUCCGCGUCUGAAAAACUUUAUUCCGCUCUCGCCGGUGUGCAGUCCGAACUAGGCACGGGCAUGGGUGCCAAUCCGCAAGCGGCUGCAAUGCUUUCCUAUGUGGAAGCUUUGCGUGAGAAGACGGCGCUGCCGGACCUCACUACAGUCAUGGAUUCGCGCACACAGCCUGCCACUGUGAGCCCGAAGACGACGGUUCGAGAAGUGGCGAAGCUGAUGAAGGAAAGGCGCACUACUGCGGUGUGUGUCAUGGAGAACAUAUCCCAUCCACCUGGCACGGUGGGCGCCGAAUUACCUAGGAUUGCCGGGAUUUUCACUAGCAAGGAUAUUGUGUUGCGUGUCAUUGCUGCGGGGCUUGACGCGACCAGGUGCAGUGUUGUAAGAGUCAUGACUCCUCAUCCUGAUACUGCUCCUCCCACCAUGACUUGUCAUGACGCACUCAAAAAAAUGCACAAUGGCCACUAUUUGAACUUGCCGGUUGUCGAGACCGAUGGCCGACUUGUGGCCAUCGUUGAUGUUUUGAAACUUACAUAUGCAACACUUGAACAGAUGAAUACGAUCACAGCCGAGAAUGCCGAUGCUAAUGAAGCUGAGGGAGGACCCAUGUGGGGUCGCUUCUUUGAGUCGCUUGGCGGCGAUGAUGCAGAAUCCGCUAUCUCGGGCUCCAAUUUCACUACGGAUCUUCAUUCACGCCAUUUAUCCCGGAGUGUCUCCCACUUCGUUCAAUCGCCUCACUCUGAAGUGCAUCCCGACGAUUCCGCUUCUGCCAUAGACGAUGAUCACUCCGCACUUGAGGAAUAUUCCAGGCGACGCGGAGAGCCGCUACCUUCUAUCGUUGGGCCCACAGCUGCCGUUCCACCUGUCGACGAUGGAACCUAUGUCUUCAAGUUCCGCACUCCCAGCGGUCGUACACACAGGUUCCAGGCACGCCAUGACAAUGUGGAGAACCUUCGUGAGAUUGUUGGAGGGAAACUCGCUACCGAUCCAUUUUUCACCAACUACAAGACCUCCGAACCAUCUGAUCCCCCUCCAGAUCCCGCAGACUUCCUCCUUUCUUACACCGACGCGGAUGGAGACAUUGUGUUAAUAACAUCCGACACAGAUGUGACAGACGCUGUGAAGAUAGCGAGGAAUGCGGGUUUGGACCGUGUCGUCUUGUUUAUUCAAGGUGGCAAGGGUUGGGCGGAUGCGAUUGCCGAGAAAAGUGCAGCUCAAGCGGCUGAGGUUGCAGCGGCUGCAGACCGCGAGCUGAAGGAGGUUGAGAAAACAGAGACUGUUCCUUCCGAGCCCGUCAACGUUGAUCCUCCCCUUCCGGUUCACAUUGCUGAAGAUGAGAAGAUACUGGGUCUUCCAAAGGACUUAUUGUUGCCGGCAAGCAUAGGUGCGCUUGCGGCGGUGAUUCUUGGCGUCUUCACCAUCUCUAGACUAUCGAGAUGA